AUGGGCACACAAGAUAAAUAUUGGGCAAAAGAAGUCAUUACACGUGCAAAAAAACGUGAUGAUGUAACGAAUAGUCGAUUUAUCAAGAAGAAGAUCAAUCGAUUAACAAAUAACAUAGUUCAAGCAAGUGCUAUGAUCACGAAUCUACAAGUUCAAUUAAGUACUUAUUGGACCCAAACUACAGCUGGUGCAAUAAAUUCUAAUUCUACAACUAUGACAACUUCAUCAGCAGCAGUAAAUACUAGUCGAAUUCAUGAUGCAGUCGAUCGUCUGGAAAAAGCUAUUUUAAAAUAUAUUCAACAUCGUACACAACAUGUAAAAAACAUGGCUGAAGAUAAAAUUAGAUUAGCACAAGUACAAGCAGAAGAAUAUAAAGCAUUAGAGGAUUUUAAACAAAUAGCGACUCCAAAUCAAUGGAAUAUUCAUUUAAUGUUAAAAUCAAAAAUGAAACAAUGGAAUACAAAAAAAUAA